GGAGGUGGGAACCUGCGCUCUAAACAAGGAAAUAGACGUGGGAAAUAACAAUAGCAGCUCCUAGUAAACUAAAAGCGUAGUUGUGUUUAAAAAUGAGUAAAGUUGCGUUGAUUCUCGUUGUUUUUAAUGUAAUGAGUCCUGCUGUUGAAGCGCUGGACAACGGGCUGGCUCUGAAACCCACAAUGGGCUGGCUGCACUGGGAGAGGUUCAUGUGUAAUACCGACUGUGAGGCAGACCCUGACAACUGCAUCAGCGAACGUCUGUACAUGCAGAUGGCAGACAUGAUGGUGAAGGAGGGUUGGAAAGAGGCUGGUUAUGAGUACGUUUGCAUCGAUGACUGUUGGCCGUCCCACCAGCGGGAUGACCAAGGCCGCCUGCAGGCAGACCCCAAAAGAUUCCCCGGAGGGAUCAAGAAAUUGGCCGAUUAUGUUCAUUCUAAAGGCCUGAAGUUGGGCAUUUAUUCAGAUGUUGGAGAUAAAACCUGUGCUGGAUAUCCAGGCAGUCUGGGUUACUACGAGACUGAUGCUCAGACAUUUGCAGACUGGGGUGUGGACCUGCUUAAGUUCGAUGGCUGCAACAUGAAGUGGACCUCACUCGGAGAAGGUUACAUCAACAUGUCCAAAGCUCUGAACAAAACUGGAAGAAGUAUCCUGUACUCCUGUGAGUGGCCUUUGUACGAGUGGCCUUUUCAAAAGCCAAACUACACCGCUAUCCGUGAGACUUGCAACCAUUGGCGCAAUUUCAAUGAUGUGUUUGACUCGUGGAGCUCGGUCAAGUCCAUCAUGGAGUGGACUGCUUCCCAUCAGGACAUAAUUGUCCCAUCAGCUGGGCCUGGAGGCUGGAAUGACCCAGAUAUGCUCGUAAUUGGGAACUUUGGUCUGAGUCACAGCCAGCAGGAGUCUCAAAUGGCCCUAUGGGCCAUCAUGGCCGCUCCCCUGUUCAUGUCUAAUGAUCUACGGGACAUUUGUCCUCGCUCCAAGAAGCUGCUGCAGAACAGGUGGAUCAUAGACAUAAACCAGGACCCGCUAGGCAAGCAGGGGUACCGAACUGCCAAGGGGAACAGUUUUGAAGUUUGGGAGAGACCCCUUUCUAAGAACCGCCUGGCCAUUGCAGUGCUGAACCAGCAGGAGAUUGGAGGGCCGAGGGGGUUUGCCAUCAGAGACGUCCCUGGCUGGAAGUACUGCGACCCUCAGUGCAAUGUGACCCUGAUCCUGCCCCAGUACAAGGAGAUGGGGGUCCAGCCUAAAGGCAGUGAGCUUGUCUUGCCUGUAAACCCUUCAGGAACUGCUCUGCUGACAGUCAGUCUCAUCAGCAGAGACUUCAACAAGCUUCACUGGAAGAAGACAUCUGUUUAACAAAACCUCAUCUGGCUGCAAUUCUCAUUUUCACCCAAUUUUUGCAUCUAGUUCUGGAUUUUUGGAACAUUCCAGGCAUUUGAACUCUGAUCAACCAUAUGCCUCACCUUACGUUACUGAAAUUAAAACGUUUAAACCAACAGUUUGACAUU